GUAAGCGUUAAGGCAUGUCCUAUUAACACUCUCAUAAAACAUUCAGUCACUGGAAUUUUAAUAGUGAGGGCAGUGAGUGAUACAAAUAAUGGUUGAUUCACAUUCAUCCAUUAGUUUGUCCGAGCACUAUCUAAACCACAAACCAGACAGAGAGGACAACAAGGCACUAUGGAUGAAUCCAAUAAAAAGGCCCAUCACACGGAUAUGUAUAACAGCUCUGAGCUGAUACUACGCAGAGGACAAUCUUGCAGAUUAACUCUGGAAUUCAACAAACCACUUCGUGACUGGCAGAGUAUAGUGUUCAUUGCACACACAGGUCCACAGAACUCAGGAUAUCCGAACACAGAUGUGCAGUUUCCUUUGUCCAGUUCAUGGAGCAGUGGCAUGUGGAGUGCAGUUCUAGAGUCCAGCCCUGGCAAUUCCCUGAAGAUAAUAAUGUCCAGCCCCGCCAAUGCAGCCAUAGGGAGAUAUGACCUCAGUGUUCAGAUCUCUGUGAUGGGUCAAACAGUCACAUAUUCACUUGGCAAAUUCAUACUGCUUUUUAACCCCUGGUGUCUAGAUGAUGAUGUGUACUUGGCCAACGAAGAAGAGAGGCAAGAAUAUGUCCUAAAUGACCAUGGUGUCAUUUUCAUGGGAAAUGAGAAGCAUGUAACAGGCAUGGGAUGGAACUACGGUCAGUUUGAAAAUAAUAUUCUGAAUAUCUGCCUGGACAUUAUGGAUAGAAGUCUGAACUGUCAGAAAGACCCAGCUCUAGAUUGCUCCCAGAGGCACAAUCCCAUCUAUGUGGGAAGAAUCGUCAGUGCAAUGAUCAACAGCAAUGAUGACUAUGGUGUACUUGAGGGGAAAUGGGAAAAAGACUUUUCAGAUGGGGUAGACCCAAACAGCUGGAAUGGAAGUGUGGAAAUCCUUUGGCAAUGGAAAAAUGGUAACUUCAAGCCAGUGAAGUAUGGCCAGUGCUGGGUCUUUGCAGCAGUGAUGUGUACAGCCCUCCGGAGUCUGGGCAUUCCGACCAGAGUCAUCACGAAUUUCAACUCUGCCCAUAACACGGAUGGGAACAUGAUUAUAGACAUGCACUAUGACACAGAAGGAAAGUUCCUGGAGCUCUCUGAUGACAGCAUUUGGAACUUUCAUGUGUGGAAUGAAUCCUGGUUUUUAAGAAGAGACCUUGGCAUUUACUACAGUGGCUGGCAAGUUCUGGAUUCGACACCACAGGAGGAAAGCCAAGGAAUAUAUCAGUGUGGACCAACAUCUGUGAUUGCAGUGAAAGAAGGAGAUACACACUUGGGUUUUGAUACUCCUUUUGUGUUUGCGGAGGUUAAUGCUGAUCGAGAAACCUGGGUUGUUCAAAAGGAUGGAACUAAGGAAAAGGCCCAUAAUGACACUAAAUAUAUUGGCCAAAGCAUCAGCACCAAGGCAGUGGGAAGUGACGCUCGGGUGGAUAUUACAAACAACUACAAAUAUCCAGAAGGUUCUCCACAAGAAAGGCAGGUAUUUGAGAAGGCUAGCAGAAACAUGCCUAACUAUGUCCCCCCCACGGAAAAUGUUAGCCCAGGUCCCGAUAACAUGAUGAACAGGAACAGAAAUGACUCACCAAUGCGGUCAUCAACCCCUACACCAAAUGCUGACCCGAAUGGAAGACCAUCAUCACCUGCUUUGUUCUCUGGCUAUCCGUCACAACCAUCAAAUUCAGCAAAUGCUUACUGGCCUGCAUCUCCUUCACCAAAUCCACCACAACCUUCCUAUUCAACAUCUGCAGGGACUGAUAUUGCUGGGAAAUUUAAACUCCUCAGCCCCUUAGUAGUGGGAGAUGACAUUAACCUGCUUCUGAUUCUUAAAAAUCUUACACCUUAUCACAGACCAGUCAGGGUUAAUCUUAGCGCUUCUGCUAUUCUCUAUACCGGAAGACGAAUGAAUGACUUAUUCACAGAUCAGAAGUCUUUGAUUAUCAGCCCAAACCAAGAUGCACAUAUUUCCUUGCAGAUACCCUACUCCCAUUACAGCAGAGGUCUUAAUGAAGGAAACAUGAUUCAAGUGGUUGCCCUUUGUGAAUUACCUUUUGGAUCGAAAAUAGUCAUCACUAAGGAUCUUGUGCUGGAGAACCCACCGAUUACUAUUAAGCCUCUAUCUAAUCCUAUGCUGCACAAAACAAUGACUCUGGAGAUCCGGUUUACAAACCCACUUCAAAUGGCAAUCACCGACUGCACCCUGGUGGUGGAAGGCAGUGGUCUGGUUGACAGACAACUUCUAGCAGUGGUCCCCUACUUGAAGCCAAAAGAGAAAAUAAAGUUCAAGGUGGAGCUAACACCAUACAGGCCUGGAACAAGACAACUCAUAGCCAACUUCAAAUGCAAAUAUUUUUCAAUUAAAGGAUACCAGUCGUUGAAUGUGGAGUCCUGGUAACCAACCCUCAGCGUCUUCUAACCAUGACACAUGUACUGUUUCUCCAGGAAACUGUUAAAUUUGAAGUCUUU